AUGGCCACCGCCAACGGCUCCGGGGAGACCAAUGCCAAUCAGGUCGUCGUUCCCUGCAUUGUCUUCUUCGCUCUGACCCCCAUCUUCAUCAUCAUUCGACUAUGGAGCCGCAUAGCGACGCGAUCCACCAUCGGCGCCGAUGACUGGACAAUCAUGGUGUCUUUUGUGUGUGUGCUGGUUGUCCAGAUCCUCAUGAUGUUUUCGGUAUCCUACGGUUUUGGCCAACACGUCUAUGAGCUGGAAACCAAAGACCGAUUAAUGGCGCUCAAGCUCUUCUACGUGGCGCAAAUCUUCUACAAGCUCACCAUCAACUUGACCAAGGCGUCGAUCCUCGCCCUCUACCUGCGCAUCUUCGUCCAGCGCUGGUUCCGCAUCUGCUGCUACGUCCUCGUCAGCAUCAUCCUCGCCUACAUGGUCGCCACGACGGCCUCGUCCAUCUUCCAGUGCAGCCCCAUCAGCGGCGCCUGGGACAAGUCGUCGAAGCCGACGUGCAUCGACCUGACCAAGAACUGCCCAUCUGGGCGAGCAAGCUUCCCGUCAACCAGAAGAGGGCGCUGA